AUGUCGCUCGCCGCCCACGACCAAUAUGCCGGCGUGCGCCAUAUCAACACAUGGGGCUGCAGGCGCCUGCGUCCGAGCACCAUCGGACAAGCGACACGCGACAAGAUGGCUUAUGGAGCUGCACAACGUUGGCCCCAUGAUAGCAGCAGAAGACAAGAGCCUCCGCGAAACGCUCCCACAAAUGUGAGGCCUGUUGGGCAGGCGCAGAACAGGAACGCGUCUAUCGCUCACGUGCCUGGCGUACACGCGCGUCCGGGAAUGGGAAGAAGGAAGCCCGCGCUCACCAAGUAUGGCUUGCCAAGGCUGCGCUACAGAAGGCCCCCUAAAAACCUCCGCCGCAUUCGGGUUUCCAGGCUGUGGGAGGCACGCAACCCUGCCUCCAAUGACGAUGCCGCUUCCGAAGUGGGGCGUAUUCCUUGGCAUGCCGGUAGCUAA